GGGGGUUGCAUAUCUGAAGAGGGUUAUGCUAAUCAGCCUGGGACUAGGGACUGAAGGCGUAUUUACCGCUUGCAGUCGGUACGCGGCAAACCAGACUAGGAUACCAGAUCGCUGGGAAACGGCAGGCAGAGAGAGAGAGAGAGAGACAGGGAGGGAAGAGAGAAAGAGAGAGUGGACAGUCAGCACCCACACAAAGCGUCAGGUAGAAGCAACAGGUCAGAGCAGCGUGCUUGUUGAUUGGAGCUGGCUACAUUUAGCAGAGACACCGGGAUCAUCCUGCUCACUUAAACCAGAGGAGGAAGGCUGCGUGUGAAGAUCAGGAAUUAUUGCCUUGCCCUGCCAACUGAGGAUAUCUCUCGCGGUGAUUCUGAAGGGCGGUGUUAUUUUGUGGCUGCUGCUGUUUUGCGGCGGGACAUUGCCGAAGAUGUCGGCGGAGCGCAGCCCGAAGCGGAGUGUGCCAGGGCAGCAGCAGCAGCAGCAGCUUGGAGCCGCGGGGCUGAGCCAGGGCAGCCGCUGCUCAUGGUGCCUGGGGAACGCGCUCUGGCUCCUGCUCUCCGCCGCCUCGCUGGCGUUCUGUGUCAGCCUCAGUGUGAAGACGUCCCAGCUGGAGGAGAGGAUCCUGCACCUGGAGACUGCCAAGGGAGAGCCCCUGCCUCAGCGAAGCGCCAGCCUCCCGGCCGAUCGGAUGCGGCUGCUCGUCCAGGACAGAGUGGAGCAACUUCUGAACCAGGGAUCUUACGAAGACGCGGGGAAACGCAGAACUGCCCGAGAGGCACCGACUGCCUGCGACUGCCCAGCAGGUCCUCCAGGAAAGCGAGGUAGAAGAGGCAGGAAUGGAGAACCCGGACCUCCUGGUCCACCUGGUCCAAAAGGUGACAAGGGUGAUCAAGGAGAUCAGGGGCCACGGAUGGCGUUUCCUUACCCAAGAGUCAAUCAUGGGUUCCUAUCGGCUGAUCAGCAGUUUAUUAAGCGACGUCUCAUGAAGGGUGAUCAAGGUCAAGCUGGGCCAGCUGGUCCACCGGGGCCUCCUGGUCCUCCAGGCCCACGUGGUCCUCCAGGUGACACAGGAAAGGAUGGUCCUCGGGGAAUGCCAGGCGCACCUGGGGAAAUUGGACCAAGAGGUGAAACUGGAUUAAUGGGACCCCAGGGACCACCAGGACAAAAGGGUUCGAUAGGAGUCACUGGUGUUCCAGGCUUCCACGGGCAAAAGGGUGAUUCUGGGAAGGAUGGUGAUCCAGGCCCCAAGGGUGAGAUUGGAGAACGUGGUGAUAAGGGUGAUGUUGGGAAACCAGGACUAAAAGGUGACAAAGGAGGAAAGGGUGACCCUGGAUCAUCAGCUGCUGGAAUCAAGGGUGAACCAGGUCAACCUGGGCAUCAGGGACAAAAGGGUGAACCAGGUCUUCCUGGGCUUCCUGGACUUCCUGGGAUAAAGGGUGAACCAGGAUUUUGGGGACCUCAGGGAGAACCCGGGUUGCCUGGAUUACCAGGAACAAAGGGAGAGAAAGGAGAUGGAGGGCCACCAGGAAGAGGUGAAAUAGGCCUACCCGGACCUUCAGGCCCAAAGGGCGAGCCAGGUGAACUGGGGAUGCCAGGCCGCUACGGUGUAAAGGGUGACCGUGGAGACCCUGGGGAUUCAGGGCCAAUGGGACCCAGAGGUCCACCUGGACAAAAAGGAGAACAAGGGGUAACUGAGAUAAUAGACUACAACGGCAAUAUCCAUCAAGCACUCCAGAGGAUCACCACCUUAACUGUGACGGGACCACCAGGGCCUCAAGGAUCUCCAGGAAUGCCAGGACCAAAGGGAGACACUGGUAACCCUGGACUUCCUGGAGCUGAGGGAAGACAGGGUCCUAAAGGUUCAAAGGGUGACAUUGGUGUUCCAGGCGAUAAAGGAAGCAUUGGUUUACCUGGAUUACCUGGUGUUAAUGGAGAAAAGGGAGAGAAAGGAGAGAAAGGAGACCAUGGGUCACCUGGUCCAAAAGGCACUUCAGUUGUAGGACCCCCAGGACCCACUGGCUCACAAGGCCCACCAGGUCCAAUGGGGCCACAUGGACUUCCAGGACCGAAGGGUGAACCAGGGUUGAAUGGUGUUAAAGGAGGGAAGGGUGAACCAGGUCAAAAAGGUGACAGAGGACCCCUUGGUCUCCCAGGUGCAUCUGGCUUAGAUGGACAGCCAGGACUGCGGGGUCUCGAUGGUCCAAUGGGUCCUGCAGGGCCAGCUGGCCCAAAGGGAGAUAGGGGUGAAAAAGGAGCAGUUGGUAACCCAGGCCCAAGGGGACCCACAGGUUUGCCUGGAAUUGAUGGAGAUCCAGGUUUAGACGGUUUCUCUGGUCCGAAAGGAGAUAAAGGAGAAAGGGGCGAAAAGGGGGAAAAGGGAAAGAAAGGCAAAAAAGGGCCAAAGGGGGAGAAAGGAGAACAGGGUGCUCCUGGAUUAGAUGCACCUUGCCCAUUGGGCCCAGAUGGAUUGCCGAUGCCAGGAUGUUGGCAGAAGUGAUAUGUCUAACCCGAAAGCAUGAAGUUUGUAUAUGAUGCUCCAUAUUUUGUAUUUAUAUAGUUGUAACUGUUUUAAAAAAAAAUCAAGAACAUGUUCACACAUAGCUGCUUCUACUUCUUUGUAGUAAGAAGUUGCAUACAUAUUAUACCUUAACUGAUAGAACAUUCUAUCAGAGACUCAUAGUGUUAAAUGAAACAAUGUUGGAAUGUUGUUUGCGUGAGCUCUGUCUCAGUUUGUGUAUUUUGCAUGGACCUGAGUCAUUGAUGCAUAUCUGGAUGAAGUUUUGUCAUGUAAUUGUGACCAAAUAGACUAAAACAGAUCAAUACGUGGAAUGUCCCUAGCUGCUGACAUUGCAGAUAACUGAAUUUUGCUUACAAACUCUAUCUGAAGUUCCAUCACUGAUUUUCUGCUCUCGUGUCAGUUCAAAAGAGAAGUGCAUGAAGUCUUUUUACCAAUGCUCAAUUUGUGACCACUUUAUCAUUUCAAACACAAACAUUGUGUACAGCAAGACCCUCUGAACUUUCUUUUUCUUUCCUCAUCUCAAGGGAGGAAACCCCUGGCUCAUUGCUAGAAAGAAAUGAAAGAAAUGCAGAGGAAAAGGGGUUGUGAAAUUGCAAAAAAAAAUGCAGUUGUUCAACAUCCUGUCUUGUGGGUCAAGUAACCAUGGCAACAUAAGUAUAUUUUUGUUUUCUGCGUGUCAACUCCAGCGGAUGGCAAAGUGAUGGAGUUAACAGCUCGGUGCUCUAGGGUUCAGCUUUGGUGAAUACGUAGCCAGUGAGCACUGACUGGUUUCUUUAAAGGGCUACAAUGUGGAACGUAUUUCAUUCAGAGGAUUUGGAAGAACAAGGUGGUUUUGAGGAUUGCACACAGGAAUGAGAAUCUCUUCUCCAAGGUGUGAUGAGAUGUUAACCCUGAAUGAAGUGAAAAGGAAACAGCCUUUGACAGAGACUGGGCAAUGGCACCCAAACAACAUUCACCCAAAAUGGGAAAUGGAAACCAGCUCCAGUGGAGAUUUUGGAGUUGAGUUUGAAUGGAACGAUUCACAUCCUAUGGCUGAGGCAUCUUCUAAAAGACAAUGUUGCUGUUACAAACAGUGGAGAGAUGCUGAAGGUAUUUUGCAUGACAACUAGGAAGAUUCUAUUGAGUAAAAGCAAGGAUACUUGGAUUUCUAUUGAAAAGAUCUCUGAAGCAUAUGAUCCAGAAGCUUUCAUUUGUUGCAUCAACGCACAAAAACCUUUUGUGCCUGAAUUACUCGCUGUGGAUUCACUACUUUAUACAUUCACCUUCCAUAAUGUAAAUAUAAGUGCCCAGUGUUAUAUAUAAAAACAUAUAAAUAGUUUCCAUUUGAGGCAUUUAAUGGUAAUCUAUUAAUUAUUGUAGUGUGUUCUAUAGUUUACUGUCUUUUUCAGUCAGUUGCUGUUAUGUAACUUUUUGUUUCCUGCAGUUUAUCUUACUGAGUCCCCCGUGCACUGACUGUGCAAAUGCAGCAGUUUUAUUUUUUAAGGCACCUUGCUGUUUUGGUUUCUUUUAAGAGCAACCACAUCGACUGAUAAAGGCUUGACAUCCGCCGGCUCAUUGUGUUUGGAAUAUCCUUUCAAUUGUUCUGACAUAAUCAGCAUCUCAGUUUGUUGUCACUGGGCUGGAUAGUUAUAAGACAAUCUGGGUUUUUCAGGAGUCUGUAAAUUCUAAUGUGGUAGUCAGACAAAACAGCUCUUUUUAUUUCUCUUUGCAUCUACAUCUUAUGAGAAUGUAGAUACCAAAUUGUGUAUUUAAUUUCCUUGUGUGUUAUAUUUACAUAGGUAUUAAACUGAUUAAUUAUAACCUGUUUAAACAUAGUGCACUGGAAUGUAGUCAGUGUGCAUUACCAUUUAUAUGGAAAUGUCAUGGAGCAAAAUUCGUACUGUAUAAUGCAGAAGAAUUAGUUAUUAAGACAAUCAUUAUUGGCAAAGAAAGCAUCAGCUAUAUAUUAUUACUUUCCCCCUUGCUUAAUUUUAGGCUCGGUAAAAGAUUACAUCAUUACAUAUCAUCAUUGUUAAUACCAACUAUCUGAAAAACAAAACAAAACUUUCUUAGUAAUCUAACAUAUCUGCAUAUUUGAAUUGAAUGAGCUCUUUUCCAAACUCAUAUUCGUUACUUGUUUUAAUUAUUCCCCCAUAAUUCAACAGAGCUUUUCGAAGCAUUAACCUGAAAUUAUGCCAUCUACAAGUUAAACUAUUUUUUCGAUAAUUUGUUUAUAGAUUGAAUCUGCAGUGUCAAUCAUUAAUGGAUUAUAACAUGAAAAAUAGUUUGUAAGUUAAAUCAGUAAUAUAAUAUUUCAGCUAUGAUUUCCUAAGUACAACAACAGAGGAUAACUGUGGUUCUGGCCAAAAACUCCAGGUUUGUGAGUUAUGUUUAGAUGGCACAAUUGCGGACAUAAUUUGACUUGAAUAUCCCGUUUAGACACUACAAAUUAUUGCAUUUCAAUCACACUACAACUGGUGAUUUAUUUUAUUAGUUCUAUUUGCAAGAUGCUUCUUUCAGAGUCAAAUGUUGCACAACACUGUCACUGUAAAAUACAAUGCAUCACUUGAUCAAUCAUCUAAUUCAGAGUUGUGUGGAUGACUCUCAAUUGAAUAUCAUCAGUGUAUUGCUCUCAUCGGCAUUUGUUCCUCACCUAUCCUUACGAGAAAGGAAUGUUUUGUUUUGACCCUAAUUCCUCCACUUUUGAAGAAAAUUGAAUAAUGUAUAAAUUGAGUCAUUUCAAUGUCUAUUCCAAUGAAAGGAUAGAGACCUUGCAGCCUACUUCAUUGUACUUUGCUUUAAUGUGACAUAGGCAAAAUUGAGGCAACUGUACAUUUUUUAAUGCUAAGACCAACACCCUAUAUAUUUGCCAAAAUCACAAUGCUGCUUUAGUUGAGCAUGGAUUAUUAUUUGAUAUGCGUUGAGCAUAAGUUGUGUAUCUUUUAUGUAUGAAAUGUCAGUUACAUUUUAUUUUCUAACUUUAACCAUUCCGCAUGUUCCUAAAACAAUUUUGUUGUAAGAUGCACAGUAAUUACAGUGGUUCAUCAAACCAGCAUUUUGUAAGUGUCAAAUGAAGGGAAUAUUUUAUGCAAGCUUCCUUGUUUUAAAUAUAUAUAUUUAUAUAUACUUUGUUGUUGUCGUGUUCAAAGGCACAAAUGCACAGUUGAACUGCAGUUCAUUAACAUUAGUAUAUUUUUCAGGUUUUACUGGUUACAAUUCAAGCUAUUUAGUUCAGAAAAUAAUGGUUUGAAAUACUUCUAGUGCAAAUAUUAUUUUGUUUUGGAUUUGUUAAACUUUAAAUUCUACUGCAUAGAGUUGUUUUGUUACCUCUGUACUCACUACAGAAUGGUGUGAAUUUUAUUGGAACACUGUUACACAACAGUACUUGGCACAGUUUUCUUUCAUUAGUGCUGUCCAUAUUGUUUCCUUAUGAUCUUGUGGAAUAUUACCCAACCCCCAGUUGUGAAAACAUUUGAUGCAACAGCAAACUUAAAGAUUCAAUGAGAAUCACUGGCUUCUAGAUUUUGGCUAAGCACAAUAAUGCAUGUAAUUCUCCUUUGAUGUGCCAACAGGUAUUACACUAUUUACUCCAGCAAGGCAGAAUCAUAAAAAUUUAAACCUUUUGAUGAAGAGAAAGGGUCACACGUAGCUUAUUACCUCAUAGAAUUUGGAGGAAUCUGUCUUCUAUUGUACUGUUGUGUUUUUCGCUUCUUUGAUUUCUAACAAGCAUUUUCCAGUUUGAUGAUCAUAUAUGAUUUGAGAGAUCUUCCAUUGCCUGAUUUCACAGAGCCAUAGCAAAAUACAGCAUAGGAAGAGGCCAUUUGGCCCAUCAACUGUUAAAACAGUAAAACCAUUCUUUCCUUUUUAUUCUCAGUCUACUUUUACUCUGAAGAUGUUGCUUUAUUCUCUAACAAGUGUCAUUAUUAAUGUCACUCUGUGCCAUUUGAUUUGCGACAUUUUUUAGCUUGAAGUAUCAACUUUGUUGAUUCUGAACUAAAGGUAGCUCACUUUUGUCAGUUUAAGAUACUAUCUUCCUAUUGAAUAGUUAAAUUUUUAUUACUGUUCUAAUGGUUAAGUUGGAUGAAACUAUGGUUAAGUGUACAUUCUAAGCAAAGGUGUAGUACAAAAGAGCCUUUGGGUUAGCAGUAAUAAGCCAGAUCCAAAUUCAGAACACUCCCCUAAACACAUGCACAGGAUAAAGAGAAAUCACAGCCAACACACUCCCUAUUCCUUUCUGCUGAUUGGCAGAAUAUAGAAGGUAAGCAUGGAGACCAGGUCACCAUUUUGCAACUUGGGCCUUUCCUCUCUUAUAAUCUAUGACCUAAAUUCAUGUAGCUGCAUUUGUCCCAUAUCCAUAAUUUAUUCUGAUAACAAAACUUUAUUGAUCGAAAAUUUAAAGUUAAUUAUUUUUAUACCAUCAGUUGCCCAUUGCUGAGGAAUUCCUGACCUCUGACACUAUGCGUGUGAACAAGUGGUCCAACCCUAAUGUUUUGAUGGUGUCCCCAGUCCUCUCAGAAAUUCCCAACUAGCGGAAAGUUUCUCUUGAUUUACCCCAUCUGUUUUCCCUUAACCUUCUGAAAUUUCAAUCAAAUCUCCCUCUAAAUUGUAACAAAUACAGACUUUUUUUUCAAAUCUCUUCUUGUGGCUUAACCCUUACAGCCCAAAUAUCAUUCUAGUAAAUCUAUACUGCACCUCUCCAAUGCCAGUAUUUCCCUCCUAAGAUGUGGUCUAAAAGGAUGGUGGCUCAGUGGUUAGCACUGCUGCCUCACU